AUCGACAAGCAACCUACUCUGAUAAUAGGAUACAAAAACAUCCGAUUAUCAAAAAUGUUAUUCAGCUAUAUAUUGCUAUUUUCGUACUUCUUGAAACCCAACAUUUUUACCAAAUUUCGAAAUAAUUAUGGACAUAAGCAGUGUAGUAACCAUAUCUGAAGCAUUAACCUAGCACAAUUGGCUGACCUUGGCAAACUACCUUCAGCAUACUAAACAGAAUUCAAAGCUAAAAAUAUUUUAAAAAGUGUGGUUUCUAUUCAAAGAUACAUAUUUCAAAACUUGUGGUUUCCAUUCUAAGAUAAAGUAUCACAUCUGCUAAGUUCCACUUCGUUUCAGGUGUAGGGAAUUAACCAUACUGGUUGAAACUGAUUCAAAUUGUAGUAUGAUUAAAAAAUGAAUUAACAUUCGUUAUACGAUUUCACUUUCGAAAACUACCAAACACUUUUCCUUAUAAACAAAAAUAAGUAAUAUAUUAUUAUUAGUAAAUAGAAAGUAUGAAUUUGACUUCUACUUGUCAAAAUGUCAAUGACAAAAACAAUGUGAAAUUCAAUUCAAAAGUUACGGAUUUAACACAUGUUAGCACAGAUUACAGAUAAAGUUUAUUGAAAAAGUACAAUUUGUAUAAAAAAUCAAUAACAUUUAAAAUAUUUUUUCAAUAAACCUCAAAAAACUCACUAAGGCAGAUUGCCUGUGCGUUAGUUGUCAGAUACCAUCUGUAGUGUGUGCAUGUUAGAAUCCUACAGAAUUUGAGCUUUUAGAAUUCAAUUGAAAUCUGCUAAUAAUGAUUUGAUCCAAAUAAUAUUCAAUCUAAUGACUUUUAAUCUCAGGAUAUUUAUUUUUAACCUCAUAGAAGUAACAUUUCAAACAAAUAAAAUCAACAGUUUGUAGACCUUUAACAAGUUGAAAAAUGAAUCCUAGAGAGAUUGCUGAUAAUCUUACACUGGCUCGAGAAAAUACUAUGAUUGGAAAUUAUUCAAAUGCUGAAGUUCUUUAUAUUGGUGCUAUAGAAAUGUUGAAUCAGUUCAUGCGAACAAUUGGUGACCCAACAUCUAAAAACCAAUGGGAAGAGGCACUAAAGAAAGUUUCACUGGAAUAUGAAGGAGUGAAAAGAUUAAAUCAAACUUUACAGAACUUCAGAUUAAAAACAAAAGGAGAUCUACCAAUUGGAACUAGAAGACUUUGUCGAGAUGAACAACCUGUUAGGGAUACAGGUGAACUGAAAAUAAAUGACGACGAUCCGGAUGUGUGGCCUCCACCAACACCUGUUGAGUACAGUAAUAUUAGAGGUAAUGGACCUUCAAAGUCGAAAAUUUCUAAUGUAAAAAAAGUGGAAACGAAAAGGAAAGAUUCAAGAGGAGUUUCCUCAUCAACUUCAAGCAGAAGAUCUGAAACCCUGAAAACUAAAGUUACUAAAAAAGAUGAACGUCCAUCCUCAUCAAAAUCAGAUAGAGAUCGAGAUCAAGAACAAGUUGUACAAAAUGAAAAAAGCGAUGAAACAGAAGAGAAGAAAUUUGAAUGUCAUGGCAUGGAUCGGGAACUUGCUGACACAUUAGAGCGUGAUAUUGUUCAGAAAAAUCCCAAUAUAAAAUGGGAUGAUAUAGCAGAUUUACAUGAAGCAAAGAGGCUCCUGGAAGAAGCAGUUGUGUUGCCAAUGUUGAUGCCAGAAUUUUUCACUGGAAUACGUCGUCCAUGGAAAGGAGUGCUUAUGGUUGGUCCUCCUGGCACAGGAAAAACUAUGUUGGCAAAAGCUGUGGCUACAGAAUGUAGCACAACGUUUUUUAAUGUCUCAUCUUCUACACUUACAUCGAAGUACCGUGGUGAAUCAGAAAAAAUGGUCAGGCUUUUAUUUGAAAUGGCUAGAUUUUAUGCACCUAGUACUAUAUUCAUUGAUGAAAUUGAUUCAUUAUGUUCACGCAGAGGAUCUGAAUCUGAGCAUGAAGCAUCUAGGAGGGUCAAAUCUGAACUUUUGGUUCAAAUGGAUGGGAUCACAGCUAACAAUGAGGAGCCAGGAAAGGUUGUUAUGGUGUUAGCUGCAACCAAUUUCCCUUGGGAUAUAGAUGAAGCUUUGAGGCGAAGACUAGAAAAACGAAUUUAUAUACCUCUUCCUAGCUUAGAAGGAAGAGAAGCUCUACUAAAAAUUAAUUUGAGAGAGGUCAAAUUGGAUCCAGAGGUGAACUUGGCAGAUAUUGCAGAAAGAUUGGAUGGCUUUUCGGGUGCUGACAUCACAAAUGUUUGUAGAGAUGCUUCAAUGAUGUCAAUGCGUCGAAAAAUAUUUGGUUUGCGACCAGAUCAAAUUAAAAAGCUUCCUAAGGAAGAACUGGAUUUGCCUGUAACCUCAAGAGAUUUUCAUGAGGCAUUAAUGAAAAACAACAAAAGUGUUUCCAGUGAAGAUUUGGAAAAAUAUGAGAAAUGGAUGAAUGAUUUUGGUUCCUCAUGAUUUUAAUCUUGGUCAUGCACUUUUCAUCUUUUUAUUAUGAUUUUUUUUUUAUCAAGAAAACCCUAAAACUGUUUUACCCUAUUAAACCAAUAUAAACAUUGUGAUAGAUUUGUGGAUCAGUAAACCCAAUUCAGGGUUUACUCAGACUACAAAGUCUUUCCAUUGUUUCCUGUGUUUGUUUUGUUUUUUAGCUAAAAGUUGAUACGUUUCUAGUCUAUUUAUAAAUUGUUGAAACUGAAAAUCGUAGUCUUUAUAUUAUAUCAUUUUAUAUCAGAAAUCCCCAAGGUUCUGAAUUUCAUUUAUUGCUGUGGCAAUUUGUAGUUUCUCCUCAUUUUCUAUAAAAUUAAUGAUAGUAGAUCAA